AUCAAUUAUCCUCACCACGAAGGCAGCCCACUCACGCGACCUCCCUCUCUCUCGUUUCCUCUCCCAUCUAACCCGUCGCCACGAGCAUCGCCAGCCAGCGGGAGAGGAACUGGAUCCGCUCUCCCAUGCAGCCACACCAGCUUCGUCGCCUAGAGGGAGGAGAAGAUGGCGGUGGCGGCUUCGAUCUAUAUAUGAUCUGCCUCGAUGCGGGUCUCCUCCAGUGAGCGCCUAUGCGGCGACGGCGACGGCGACAACGAGUGGAGGAGAUGAAGCGGAGGCAACUCGAGGGCCUCCUAGGGGGCCUGGUCCAGUUCUCCCCCGCCGCCUCCUCUGCUCGAUUUGGCCUCCAAAAAAAGGCAGGCGAUGCUCUGAUUCAGCUGUAUACUCAUUUCAUCUCUGAUUUUGAGGUCAAGAUCAAUCUUCUUAAAUCUUCUCACUUCGCGGUAGUAGUUUCACGCCAGUAUUCAGAUAAAGAUGCUGGUAUAAGCUAUCUCGAAGGCGUAAUUUCGAAGCUGCGUGAUACCAAGGAAUCACGGGUUGAAGAGCCCAUUCUGUAUGUGAAGAUGCAGAUUGCAAGUUUUCUUCUUGAGAAAGGGAAUCAAAAGGAGUGUAAGAAACUGGUAGACGAGGGUAAAACCACUUUGGAUAGCAUGGGCGAUGUUGAUCCUUCAGUACAUUCAACCUAUUAUUCAUUAUGUUCUCAGUACCAUAAAGUGUGUCAAGACAAUUCUGAAUUUUAUAAAAAUGCUCUUCUCUAUCUUGCAUACACAACAGUGGAGUCACUUUUAGAACCAUUCAGACAGAACCUGGCAUUUGACCUCUCACUUGCUGCUUUAUUGGGUGACAACAUAUACAACAUCGGGGAGUUGCUUGCCCAUCCAAUUGUAUGUUCUUAUAUACUUAUAAUUUAUAUGUACCUUUCAUCUUUGUUGUCUGGUUACGCUUUACUACUUACUCCUUCCAUGCCAUAAUUCUUGUCACGGUUUGUUGUGGCGUGAG